CCUUUCUACCACGUCCACCAUGUCAGACCAGAGUGCUUUCUAUUCAGAAGACAGCUUCGGCUCUACAAAUGACAAACAGAACAGGACACAGGGUCAAGACAUUCUUUUCUCGUCUCCAGAGGAGGACAGCAGUCUGUAUUUUACUUACAGCGGAGGUCGCAAUGAAGUGGAAGUCCGCAAUCUCAACUAUGAGGUGGACAUAGCUGCACAGAUACCUUGGUAUGAGAGGCUGUCAGAGUUUAAGAUGCCCUGGGAGAUGCACAGCAACAAGCAAACAGUCAUAAAGGACCUAAACCUACAUGUGCACAGUGGCCAGAUGCUUGCUGUCAUUGGCAGCUCAGGCUGUGGGAAGACCUCCUUACUGGACAUCAUAACAUGUCGAGAUGAGGGUGGCACCAUGAAUUCAGGAGAGAUUCUGAUCAACGGGAAACCUUCCACACGUUCUCUGGUGAAGAAAUGCAUUGCUCACGUGCGGCAGGAUGACCGUCUGUUACCGCAUCUCACAGUGCGGGAGACGCUGGCUUUUGUGGCCAAACUGCGGCUGCCUGCGCACUUCACCCAGGAACAGAGAGAUCAGCGGGUGGACGAUGUCAUCGCGGAGCUGCGUCUGAGGCAGUGCGCUCACACGCGCGUGGGGAACGACUAUGUGAGGGGGGUGUCCGGUGGAGAAAGGAGGAGGGUUAGCAUCGCUGUACAGCUGCUCUGGAAUCCAGGUAUUCUCAUCCUAGAUGAGCCUACUUCAGGUCUAGACAGCUUCACAGCCCAUAAUUUGGUCAUUACAUUGUACCGUCUGGCUCGAGGGAACCGCCUGGUCUUGCUGUCAGUCCAUCAGCCUCGUUCAGAUAUCUUUCAGCUCUUUGACCUGGUGGUGCUCUUGUCUUCUGGCUCAGCCGUGUACUGCGGUCAGGCCAAGGACAUGGUACCUUACUUUACUUCUCUUGGGUACCCGUGUCCACGAUACUGCAACCCCUCUGACUACUACGUGGAUUUGAUAAGCAUUGAUCGGCGCAGUCCUGAAAAAGAAGCACAAUGUUUGGAGAAAGCCAGGAUGUUAGCGGCCCAGUUUGUAGAGAAGGUGAAGAACACAGAGGAUUUCAUGUGGAAAUCAGAAGAUUGCGGUUCUCUGGCACUGGAUGCCCCUCAAAGCAGUGUUCCUCCCGUCUCGAAGAAGGAAUCUGUGAUCACAGUUUCCAAACAGAAGGAUCGCCUGCCGGGAAAACUGCAACAGUUCACAAGCCUAAUCAAACGGCAGGUAUUUAAUGACUACCGAGAUCUGGUGACGUUGGUGGUUCAUGGUCUGGAAGCCUUGUUGAUGUCACUGCUCAUCGGUUUCCUUUAUUUCGGGGCUGGGGAUCAGGGUCUUUCUGUCCAAGAUACGGUGGCUUUGCUCUACAUGAUAGGAGCUCUGACACCCUUUGCUGCGGUGCUGGACGUCAUUGCAAAGUGUCAUUCAGAGAGAGCCAUGCUUUAUCAUGAACUGGAAGAUGGCAUGUACUCAGUCACCUCAUACUUUUUUGCCAAGGUCCUUGGUGAGCUGCCAGAGCACUGUGCCUUUACGCUGGUAUACGGUGUGCCCAUCUACUGGUUGGCUGGGCUCAACAGCGCUCCCGACCGCUUCUUGCUCAACUUCCUGUUGGUGUGGCUGAUGGUGUAUUGUAGUCGCUGCAUGGCCCUAUUUGUGGCGGCAGUCCUGCCAACAUUGCAGACUUCAUCUUUCAUGGGCAACGCACUCUUCACGGUCUUCUACCUGACUGCUGGCUUUGUCAUUAGUCUGGAAAACAUGUGGCUGGUGGCGUCUUGGUUUUCUUACAUAUCCUUCAUGCGCUGGGGUUUUGAGGGAACGCUGCAGGUUCAGUUUCGUGGGACUAGAAUCCCAAUCACUAUUGGAAACCUCACUGUAGAAUUCGAUGGUAUUAAGGUUGUGGAGAUGAUGAAAAUGAACCAGUAUCCACUGUAUUCCUGCUACCUGGUGCUUAUUGCUGUUGCUUUUGUUUUCAUCCUGCUCUAUUAUCUGUCACUCAAAUUCAUUAAACAGAAGUCCAGUCAGGAUUGGUGAAGAGGACAAAUCAGCAUCAAGUCUGGUCCACACUGCAGCUUGUUCUUGCCUAGAAACCAACAUAUAAAAUGCCCAUCCACAGCACAGACCUUAUAAACCAGCUGUAGUUGUCAAGUCCUGCUAUAUAUGUGUGUGUGUGUGUGUGUGUGUGUGUGUGCGUGCGUGCGUAACAUUUUACUACCGCUAACUGCCGCUGGAUGGCAGUAAUGUACUAUGUUUCUACACUCUUUUAAGUUUACUUACCGGUAAUUGUUUUUUGGUUCUGGUAAACCACCAGAACUCGUGUUUGGUAGGUACCUUUAAACAAAUUUACUGCAGCAUGUCACAAUGUAGAUUUCAUUUAUGUAUUUACUUUUAUUUUCUUUUGCAAAUCAGAAUUGUUUUGUAUGUAUAAUAUUAUUAUUGAACAGUGUACUACACUACAGGAGCUUUGAAAGCUUGGUUAAAGAUUAAGAAAUUCUAAUGCUUGUUUUUUUUAAUAAUUAAUAUAGACACUGCACUGGUGCAACAUUCUGAUCAACAAGCUAGGAUGUAUUAGUUUGAUUCCACAUGUCUAUUGUCAUAUUUUUAAUGCAGCAUGAUGUUGAACACAUUUGAGUCUUUGAGAGAGAGAGAGAGAUUAUAGCCAGAAGAAAAAGAAAAGAAAAGAAGAACUACUGAUCUGAUGUUUCAAACAUUACUUGUAUUGAGCAAUUAAAUAAAUAACACAUGGUCAGUGUCA